CGGCGGAACCCAGUUUUUUUGUAUGAGGCUCGAUCGCUGACAGUGUGCAGAUUACACACGAUCGUAGUCUGCGGUGUCUCCUCUGCUGCGCACACAAGUUUGUACUGACACAUUAAGGAGGAUGUCUGCGACUGUGAAAAAUCCUUUCCAGCAUAUAGUUGAGCCGCUGGACCCCAAGAACCCAAAGCAGCAGUUUUACAAUCUGUCCAAACUCGGAGACCCCAGAUAUGACCGCCUGCCGUUCUCCAUCCGGGUCCUCCUGGAGUCGGCUGUCAGGAACUGUGACGAGUUCCUGGUGAAGCGCUCAGAUGUGGAAAGCAUCCUCAACUGGAAGCAGACCCAGACUCAAACUGUGGAGGUCCCGUUCAGACCAGCCCGGGUCAUCCUCCAGGACUUCACCGGUGUCCCUGCUGUGGUGGACUUCGCCGCCAUGCGGGAUGCAGUGAUGAAACUAGGUGGUGACCCAGAGAAGAUCAAUCCUGUUUGUCCUGCUGAUCUCGUCAUUGAUCAUUCCAUCCAAGUGGACUUUAACAGGAAGUCUGAUAGCCUUCAGAAAAACCAGGACUUGGAGUUUGACCGCAACAGAGAGAGAUUUCAGUUCUUAAAGUGGGGCUCUAAAGCCUUCAGGAACAUGCGAAUCAUUCCUCCUGGUUCAGGGAUCGUUCACCAGGUCAACCUGGAGUACUUGGCCAGGGUGGUGUUUAACUACGAUGGGUACUUCUACCCCGACAGCCUGGUGGGAACUGACUCCCACACCACAAUGAUCGAUGGACUGGGAGUCCUGGGCUGGGGCGUGGGUGGAAUUGAAGCAGAGGCUGUUAUGCUGGGACAGCCAAUCAGCAUGGUACUGCCUGAGGUGGUGGGAUACAAGCUGUGCGGGACCCCAGACAAGUUCAUUACCUCCACUGACAUUGUCCUCACGGUUACUAAGCACCUGCGUCAGGUGGGUGUUGUGGGGAAGUUUGUGGAGUUUUUCGGCCCCGGUGUUGCUCAGCUGUCCAUCGCCGACCGAGCCACCAUCGCCAACAUGUGUCCAGAGUACGGAGCCACAGCAGCUUUCUUCCCUGUGGACGACGUCAGCAUUCAGUACCUCGAGCAGACAGGGCGAGAACCAGAAAAGCUGGCCUACAUCACAAAGUACCUGAAAGCAGUGGCCAUGUACAGAGACUACAACGAUGUCUCUCAGGAUCCAGACUUCACUCAGGUUGUUGAGCUGGAUCUGAAUACAGUGGUUCCAUGCUGCAGCGGCCCCAAAAGACCCCAGGACAGAAUUCCUGUGUCCGACAUGAAGAACGACUUUGAAAGCUGCCUGGGAGCAAAGCAAGGUUUCAAGGGUUUCAACGUGGCUCCUGAGCGUCACAGCACCGUGGUCCCCUUCCAGUUCAAUGGAAAAGAGUACAAGUUAAGCCACGGCUCAGUGGUCAUCGCUGCCAUCACCAGCUGCACCAACACCAGCAACCCAUCUGUCAUGCUUGGAGCAGGACUUCUUGCUAAAAAGGCAAUAGAGUGUGGCCUGAGCGUGAAGCCGUACAUAAAGACCAGCCUGUCGCCUGGCAGUGGAGUGGUCACCUACUACCUAAAGGAGAGUGGGGUUAUGGACUACCUCUCUCAGCUGGGCUUUGAGGUUGUUGGCUAUGGUUGCAUGACCUGUAUAGGCAACAGUGGGCCCCUCCCAGAGUCGGUGGUGGAGGCCAUAACCCAGGGAGACCUGGUUGCUUCAGGCGUCCUGUCAGGAAACAGAAAUUUUGAGGGGAGAGUCCACCCCAACACCAGAGCGAACUACCUGGCUUCUCCACCACUCGUCAUCGCCUAUGCAAUCGCCGGCACUGUGAGGAUAGACUUUGAGAAGGAGCCCAUUGCCGUGAACUCUGAAGGCAAAGAGAUUUUCCUCAGGGAUAUCUGGCCCACACGGGAGGAGAUUCAGGCUGUGGAGAGAACAUUUGUCAUCCCAUCGAUGUUCAAAGAAGUCUAUGAGAAGAUCGAGAAAGUGAAUGAACGCUGGAACUCUCUGGUUGCUCCGUCUGAUAAGCUUUAUACCUGGGACCCCAAGUCAACCUACAUCAAGUCACCACCGUUCUUUGAUGGCUUGACCAUGCAGCUGCAGCCUCCCAAGUCCAUAAAAGACGCCUAUGUGCUGCUGAACCUGGGAGACUCGGUCACCACAGACCACAUCUCUCCUGCGGGGAACAUCGCCAGGAACAGCUCUGCAGCACGCUAUCUGGCCAGCAGAGGUUUGACCCCUCGCGACUACAACUCGUACGGCUCACGGCGAGGUAACGACGCCGUCAUGGCCAGAGGGACGUUUGCCAACAUCCGCCUCUUUAACAAGUUCCUCAACAAGCAGGCGCCACAAACCACUCACCUGCCAACUGGAGAAACGCUGGAUGUGUUUGACGCUGCAGAGAGAUACCAGCAGGCAGGAGUCCCCCUGCUGGUUCUAGCAGGGAAGGAGUACGGCUCAGGCAGCUCCAGAGACUGGGCAGCAAAGGGCCCCUUUCUACUGGGUAUUAAGGCAGUUAUAGCAGAAAGCUACGAGCGGAUCCACCGCAGUAACCUGGUCGGGAUGGGAGUGAUUCCUCUGGAGUAUCUACCAGGAGACACGGCCGACAGCCUGGGGCUGACCGGCCGAGAGCGCUACACCGUCAUCAUCCCCGAGCAGCUCACCCCCAGGAUGACGGUGGACGUGGAGCUCGACACGGGGAAAACAUUCCAAGUGCGGAUGAGAUUCGACACCGACGUGGAGCUGGCAUAUUUCCACCACGGAGGCAUCCUCAACUACAUGAUCCGCAAGAUGUCCCAAAACUAACACGCCAAGAACAGGAGGAGAGCAACGUGUGUCGUCUUUCUAAUUCUCAGCUGCAGUCCCACAUGGCAUCGCCGCAGUGAGCUCAUGUAACAGUUGACAGAAGAAAACCGUCCAAAAAGAAUCCAGUCAUUAUCCAUGUCCCUGCACUACUUACACAGCACAACAUGUGUCCCCAUAUUCUCAUUUCUGAGAUGCUGCUACUUCUUUUCAUUGCAUACCCAGACCUGGGGUCAAUAUAUAUGAUGUUAAUAUUUAAUGAAGAUAUGCAAGAUGAUUUAAAGAGUUUAAAGUCAGCAGAACCAUAUGUCCCUCAUUAUUUUAUUCUGUGAAGAUGAACUCAGUCCUGCCUGCUCUCUGUGUGUGCGGUCACAGGUUUGCUUUAAUCAUCGGUUCUGUCAGGGUUUCAGUGCUUUACUUUUGAGCAAUACUGCUGAACGACAGUGAAGGAUUAUUCCAGUUUAGUACAACUUGGGUCGUAGUUUUUUAUUGAGUUGCUAAUAACUAUAGCUGGGUGUAAAAAAAGUUUAUCUUCAUAGUACCAACCGAUGAUAAUGAUGCUUUUUACAUGAGUCAUGGCAACAGCAUUUUUUUAUACGCAAUUCCACCGAUCAACAGGUGGCAGUAAUGUGCCAACAUAUGUAGCAGUGUGCCAACAAAGACAGGGAAGAAGAAGCUAAUUAACAAUGCAGGUUUCAAACCGACGUUUUAAGAAAAAGGAAAUGCAUUGAUCAUGUUUAUCAGAGCUCAGGCGUGUCCCGGUGAGUGAUGCAGAACAGAAACUUUGUUUACAAGAAAACUCCACUGCGUCCCUUUAACCUGGACCCACUAUCAUCCACAGCCAGUGUUUGACACAGCCAUGCACAGCUCAUUAAGCUAGUAAACUGUCCGGAACAAGCUCAAACCAAGCCUAAGUGGUUGUAGCUGUUUAAAGAUUUGGUCAGUUUUUUUGUAGACUUUGAGCACCCCUGCCUCUACUAGUGGUACCUUCCCAGCACUGAAUCUUCUCAUUUAUGUUAAUUGUAAACAGAUGAAGCACUAGAAGUGUCAGUAAAUCCUAACAGUGCCUAUCCCUCGUUAGAAAUGACCCAUGUUGUAAUAAUCUGCGAUUCCGUGUAAACUGGUGAGGAAGAUCUUGUGGUACGAUUGACAGCUCCAGAAAAGCCAGGGAAUGGACCAUGAGGUGAGGUUGUUUUGUCAGGGAUCGUGUAGGUGAUCACGUUUACUGGUUGCGAUAAACCUGUAAAUCACAAAGGAAGCCAUGUGUGACUGAGACAGUACAACAUUGCUCUGGUGACUGUGGUGAAAUACUGUAUUCCAGUAACGGUUACCUGACAUCGCACAGGUCAGCAUGACGGCACUGGUUUCAUCUGACCCUCUUCAGGCCGUCACUGUGUCACAACCAAACAUUCAUUUUGAAGUCUUUUUUUCUGCCUCCUGACUGAUUACUGUAAAGACAACACGCCUCUUCGUUCCUCAGACAUUCCACACUUUAUUUUAAAUCUGCUUUUGUCAGUGUGUCAAGUUACUGUCAUUGACUGCCUUAAUAACUUAAUAUGUGAUCUCUUGAUGUCUUAAUUCAGAGGUGUUCAUGUUUGUGUCUUGCUCUGUUGUCCUAAAACGCUAAUUUUGAUUCUGAAGACUGACAAAACCCUGAUCUAAUUUAACUCUUCCAUGUUCGUUAAACUCUGCCUGAAUGCAUUACACCAGAUUUACUGAAAAAUAGAAUAAAAUGUGAUUUUUCUUUUUGGAA